AUGCUUCAACAGAUCAAUGCGGCACACGAUCAGAUGAGAGUGUUUUAUGCGCUUGGGCGACAACGUCUGCAAGAACAGGGUAGGUUGAAUGAGGAUCACGCGGCCAAGUUUGCCCGCAUCGAUGAGCGUCUUUUCAGUUUGCAACGAGAUCCGUUGCAGCUGGAGUACUUGCCUAAGCUGGAUCGAUGCUUUCCAAACGCAGUGUUGCAUGUGGUGUUGAUGCCACAACUUGCGGGGUAUUGA